AUGGCCCAUCCGAAGGAGAAGGAAUGGGAUCGCCUGACUGUGGCUUCGUGGUUGGAUGGCUGCGCAGCGGACGGCUCCGUCAGGGAGAUUUUGGAGCUAAUAAUCCGAGCUUGCAUGUCAGCCGAGCCUGAAGAGAUAUCUCUGCUGAGCAACUUGAUUUAUACAGCUCGCACAGGCAGUCCGGGUGUUCCGGGGACUGUCGACAUGUUGACCAACGUGAAGGGCGGGUCACAAGAGGAGCGGUUUGAGGGGGGACCGCAGAGCAUUGCUACCAGACUCGCAGGGCGUCUUGGGAACGACAGAAUUCGCCUGCAGUCACCUGUCCGCCAAAUCAACUCCAAUGGAAACGUCUACACGGUUAUUAGAGACUCUUUCAGGCUUCAGGCUAGAAAGGUUAUCGUUACAAUAGCGCCAGCCCUCGCAGGCCAUAUUAUCUACAGCCCGCCCCUUCAAGCUAUACGUGAUCAAAUUCCCGCAGAGGACAUCUAUAAAGCCAUUCUUAAGGAUUUCAUGAGAUGUUUCAGUCCUAAGGCCCAGAACGUGCAACAGUGGGUUCUUCAGCGGUGGGACAAUGAGGAAUACUCCCGUGGAGGCCACCAUGUGAUUUUCCCUCCGAACGUGUGGACACAAUUUGGUCCAGCUGUAACAAAGCCCAUCGGAGGCAUACACUGGGCAGGAACGGAAGCCUCGCCAUACUGGUCUGGGUUCAUCGAAGGGGCUGUUAGGGCUGGUGAGAUCGCAGCCAAGAACAUUCUUGAUGAACUCUGA